CUCAUUCCCCUCACCCUUCAGAACAGAGAGUAUCGUUAGUUCUCGUUUUAUGCGCCGCCACCUCCACCACGGAAACAACAACCACCAUGAAAACCACCGUCACCGCCACCACUACUUAGGGUUUCACCUCUAUUCGUUUUCUAGGGUUUCGAAAUCAGUCUUAACUCUCUAUUUUGCUCUCUCUCGCUCGCUCUCACUCUCACUCCUUCCCUUUCGAGCUGGAUUCUCUCUCCUUCCUCUCCCGAAGAAUCUUCAUGCGCCGCUGGUUCAGCGGCUUCGUUGAUUAGCUUCUCUCUCUAUUUCUCCUCUGUUUCUCUCUCAUCGAGUUUCUCUCUGUAUCUUCGGUUAUAUGAUCGUUUCCGUUACCAUCACUUCGCUCCGAUUUGCAUGGCAUUGGGGGAUUUGAUGGCAUCGUCGCGGUUCUCUCAAUCUCCUCUCAUCGUCGUCUCUAAUAGCCACAGCCAGAGUCAUAGCCAUAACCACUUCGACGAUUGCGCUUCGUCGUCUUCCUCGUUGUACGCGCUAGACGACGGUGAUUUUGGUUCUAGGAGGCGCGAUUCGGAAGCUUCCACCGCCGCAGCAGCGGCGGCGAGUGUAGGUUAUGGUAAUGGUGAUGUAACAGCUGCCACCAGCAUGGCGUACCUGCCGCAGACCGUCGUGCUGUGCGAGCUGCGGCAUGAGGCGUUCGAAGCCUCCACGCCAGCCGGACCUGCUGUCAACGGGUUGGUCUCGAAAUGGCGCCCGAAGGAAAGAAUGAAGACGGGAUGUGUAGCUCUUGUAUUAUGUUUAAACAUUAGUGUUGAUCCACCAGAUGUAAUAAAGAUAUCUCCCUGUGCUAGAAUGGAGUGCUGGAUAGAUCCUUUUAACAUGGCACCUCAGAAAGCAUUGGAGUUAAUUGGAAAAAGUUUGAGCAAUCAGUAUGAAAGGUGGCAACCAAAGGCUCGGAUCAAGUGUCAACUUGAUCCAACAAUUGAUGAGGUGAAAAAGCUUUGUAUUACAUGCCGUAGAUAUGCAAAGUCUGAAAGAGUAUUAUUUCAUUACAAUGGCCAUGGUGUUCCAAAGCCAACUCCCAAUGGUGAAAUUUGGGUCUUCAAUAAGAGUUAUACGCAGUAUAUCCCCUUACGAGUUGCUGACCUCGAUUCGUGGCUGAAGACCCCCUCAAUAUAUGUUUUUGACUGCUCUGCUGCUGGGGGUAUUGUUAAUGCUUUCAUUGAGCUUAAUGAAUGGAAUGCUUCUAACUCCCCUGGAACCACGAGAGAUUGCAUUUUGCUUGCAGCAUGCGAGGCACAUGAGCAAUUGCCUCAGAGUGCAGAAUUCCCUGCUGAUGUAUUUACAUCAUGCCUUACGACACCUAUUAAGAUGGCAUUGCGAUGGUUUUGUACCCGUUCAUUACUUCGUGGGUCUCUUGACUAUUCACUUAUAGACAAGAUCCCUGGUCGUCCAAAUGAUAGAAAAACACUUCUGGGAGAACUAAAUUGGAUUUUUACUGCAGUAACUGACACAAUUGCCUGGAAUGUUCUUCCUCAUGAUCUCUUUCAGAGACUGUUCAGACAGGACUUGUUAGUUGCAAGUUUAUUCAGAAACUUUCUGCUGGCUGAGCGAAUCAUGCGAUCUGCAAAUUGUACUCCUGUUUCUUUUCCAAUAUUGCCGCCAAGCCAUCAGCAUCAUAUGUGGGAUGCAUGGGACAUGGCUGCUGAGCUUUGCUUGUCGCAACUCCCGUCAUUAGUUGAGAAUCCUAAUGCAGAGUUUCAGCCUAGUUCAUUUUUCAGUGAGCAGUUAACAGCAUUUGAGGUAUGGCUUGACCAUGGUUCUGAACAUAAGAAGCCACCAGAGCAGUUGCCUAUUGUUCUCCAGGUUUUGCUUAGUCAAUGCCAUCGAUUUAGGGCUUUAGUUCUCCUUGGAAGGUUUCUUGACAUGGGACCAUGGGCUGUAGAUUUGGCACUGUCUGUUGGAAUAUUUCCUUAUGUUCUGAAGCUUUUACAAACAACAACACCAGAACUUCGUCAGAUUCUUGUCUUCAUAUGGACAAAAAUUCUCGCACUAGACAAGUCAUGUCAGGUUGAUCUAGUGAAGGAUGGAGGUCAUAUAUAUUUUAUUAAGUUUCUUGAUAGAAUGGAAGCAUAUCCGGAGCAAUGUGCAAUGGCUGCUUUUGUUUUAGCAGUAAUUGUUGAUGGCUACAGACGAGGUCAAGAAGCCUGUAUUGAAGCUGGUUUAAUCCAUGUUUGCUUAAAGCAUCUUCAGUCUUCAUCUCCCAAUGAUUCACAAACUGAACCCCUUUUCCUUCAGUGGCUUUGCCUGUGUCUGGGAAAACUGUGGGAUGAUUUCACAGAGGCCCAAAUAAUAGGUUUGCAGGAAGAUGCUGUUUCUAUAUAUGUUUCUCUACUGUCUGAACCCCAACCAGAGGUUAGGGCUUCUGCUGUAUUUGCGCUAGGUACUCUUCUCAAUGUGGGAGUUGAUUACUGCAGAGGUGCUGGCGGGGAUGAAGAUUGUGAUGAUGAUGAAAAGUGUAGGGCUGAUUUUAGUAUAGUGAAAAACCUUUUGAGUGUUUCUUCAGAUGGGAGUCCACUGGUGAGGGCAGAGGUAGCAGUGGCUUUGGGACGCUUUGCCUUUGGUCAUAACAAGCACUUAAAGUCCAUUGCUGCUGCUUACUGGAAACCUCAGAGUAACAGUUUGCCGAAAUCCUUACCUUCACUGGCAAAUGUGAAUGGAUCUGGUGGUGGGCAUACUAACCAGAACCAGCAUAUGCCUCAUGGAAGUAUUAUUUCAUCUCAAAUUGGGCGCCUUUCCAGGAUUGGAAGCGACAAUUCUUCAGUAGUCCAUGAUGGGCGGGUCUCUUCUAGCAGUCCUCUUGCUGGUUCUGGAAUUAUGCAUGGGUCCCCUUUGUCUGAUAAUUCAUCUCAUCAUUCUGAUUCAGCAAUACAGAAUGAUAGUUUUAGCAACGGAGUUGCUAACCAUACUGGACCAAAGUCCUUAGACAAUGCAUUGUAUUCAGAAUGUGUAGCUGUUAUGUGUGAUUUAGCAAAAGAUCCAUCUCCUCGCAUUGCAAACCUCGGUCGCCGGAUACUGUCAAUAAUAGGUAUUGAACAAGUGGUAGCAAAACCGUCCAAGUCUGCUGGUGUUCGGAUAGGUGAACCUGUGGCAAGUCUAGUUCGGUCAUCUUCAUGGUUUGAUAUGAACGGAGGUCACUUGCCUCUAACCUUCAGAACUCCUCCAGUCAGCCCACCUCGUGCAAACGUUUUAACUGGAAUGAGAAGAGUAUGCUCUUUGGAUUUUAGGCCCCAUAUAAUAACUUCUCCAGAUUCUGGAUUAGCUGAUCCCCUUCUAGGCUCCGGAGGAGUGUCUGGGACUUCAGAUAACAGUUUUCUUCCACAAUCAACUAUAUAUAAUUGGAGUUGUGGGCACUUUUCCAGGCCACUACUAACUCCUUCUGAUGAUAGUGAAGAAGUAUUGGCCAGAAGAGAGGAGAGGGAAAAAAUUGCAUUGGAGCAGAUAUCAAAGUGCCAGCACUCUGCUGUUAGCAGGCUAACCAAUCCAAUUGCUAAAUGGGACACAAAAGGCACACAAACAAUACUGUUACAGCCUUUCUCUCCUAUUGUGAUAGCUGCUGAUGAGAAUGAGCGGAUCAGGGUAUGGGACCAUGAACAAGCUGCACCCCUUAACAGUUUUGACAAUCAUGAUUUUCCAGACAAGAGGAUUUGUAAGCUCUGCCUGGUGAAUGAGCUUGAUGAUAGCUUGCUUCUUGCUGCUUCAUGCGAUGGAGACAUUCGGAUUUGGAAAGAUUAUACUCUGAAGGGUGACCAAAAGCUUGUCACUGCAUUCUCUUCCAUUCAUGGUCAUAAAUCUGGUAGGAGUAGUCUGAAUGUGAAUGUUGAUUGGCAACAACAAUGUGGUUAUCUGUAUGCUUCGAGUGAGUUGUCACCUAUUAUGCUUUGGGAUCUGGACAAGGAACAGCUUGUUAAUCGUAUACCUUCAUCAUCAGAUUGCAGUAUCACAGCAUUGGCUGCAUCUCAAGUACAUGGAGGACAAUUUGCAGCGGGUUUUGUGGAUGGUUCUGUUAGACUUUAUGAUGUCAGGAAACCUGAAAUGGUUGUCUGUGAAUUACGGCCACACAGACAGAGAGUAGAAAGAGUUGUGGGAAUUGGCUUCCAACCUGGACUAGAUCCCGGAAAGAUGGUUAGUGCUUCUCAGGCUGGGGAUAUCCAAUUCCUGGAUAUCAGGAAUCAUAAGGGUGCUUAUCUCACUAUCGAUGCUCACAGAGGUUCACUAACCGCUUUAGCUGUACAUAGACAUGCUCCCAUUAUUGCCAGUGGCUCCGCAAAGCAACUUAUUAAAGUCUUUAGCCUUGAGGGUGACCAACUUGGCAGCAUUCGAUACUACCCUACCUUAAUGGCCCAGAAAAUUGGUUCUGUUAGCUGCCUUGGUUUCCACCCGUACCAAGCAUUGCUUGCUGCUGGUGCUGCAGACGCAUGUGUCAUCUAUGCCGAUGAGCACACUCAGGCAAGAUGAAUCAGCAUUCUUUCUUUCCUCUACGAUAUAUGCUGUUUAACUUUGAACAGUUGCAUCAAAUGUCUCUGGAGUGCCACAAUACGUUUGUUGCAGUUUGGAUAAUCCUGUGAUGCUGCAUCAAUCCCUUUCCGCUGUGAAUACAUCUUAAAUAUUGGUAGGGUGAAUUUCUACUGAUAGUAUAUGCAAAAAAAUUAUAUUAUAUUCAUUAGCCUCCAUGGUAGAUGGUUGCACUCGACAGGAUAAUCCUGCAUAAUUAUUGGAGGCUCUGGCAAAUAAUGUCAUCUUCGUAAAUAUGUGUAAAUAUAUCAUUUUCGUUCAUAAUUUU